AUGCCCCACUGCCGUAAAGCGCGGCCGGGCGCCCUGCUGCUGCGGGGGCCUGGUCGGGGCGGGAUGCUGGGCGGCGGCGGGGCCGGCGGGGCGGCCGGGGGGGCCUCUCCGCUGCCGCUGCUGCACCCGCGGACGGGCCGGCUGGUGACGGUGUCGCGGGGCGGGCGGAGCGCCGCCCGCUCGCAGCCCGGCCAGGAGUUCAACCACGGGCUGGUGCUGAGCCGGGAGCCCCUCGCCCCCGGGGCCCUCUUCACCGUCCGAAUCGAUCGGAAGGUCAACUCCUGGAGCGGCUCCUUGGAGAUUGGGGUGACCGCCUUGGACCCCAACCACCUGGAUUUCCCCAGCAGCGCCACCGGCCUCAAGGGGGGCUCUUGGAUCAUCUCCGGCUGCUCCGUCCUGCGCGAUGGGCGCUCCAUCCUGGAGGAGUACGGCCAGGACCUGGACCAGCUGGGCGAAGGCGACCGGGUGGGCAUCCAGCGGACGGCCAGCGGGGAGCUGCACCUCUGGGUCAACGGCCAGGACUGCGGCGUGGCAGCCAUGGGUAUCCCGCCCCGCGUCUGGGCCGUGGUUGACCUCUACGGCAAGUGCACCCAGAUCACAGUGGUGCCAGGGAACGUGGAGGAAGCGGAAGAGGGACCCUCCCACGAUGAAGCCCUGGAAGCGGCUUGCAACCAGACUCGGCCGGAUAAAUUUCCUAGUAGCCUGGAAUCGGAGAACGGCUUCUCCAGCACAGAGCUGUCGGAGGUGGUAAGCAAUGCCAUCCUGUCGGCCUACAACGGGAGCCUCCUCAAUGUCAACCUGGGCAGCCCCCCCUCGGACUCCCCGCCCGGGGGCGCGCCCCCCAUGACCUCCAACGACGCCCUGCUCUUCCACGAGAAGUGCGGCACCCUGAUCAAGCUCAGCAACAACAACAAGACGGCCGAGAGGCGCCGGCCGCUGGACGAGUUCAACAACGGCGUGGUCAUGACCAACCGGCCGCUGCGGGACAACGAGAUGUUUGAGAUCCGCAUCGACAAGCUGGUGGACAAGUGGUCGGGCUCCAUCGAGAUCGGGGUCACCACCCACAACCCCAACAACCUGGAGUAUCCGGCCACCAUGACGAACCUGCGCUCAGGAACCAUUAUGAUGAGCGGCUGCGGGAUUCUCACCAACGGGAAAGGUACCCGACGGGAAUACUGCGAAUUCAGCUUGGAUGAGUUGCAGGAAGGUGACCACAUCGGUUUGACCCGGAAAUCCAACAGCGCCCUUCACUUCUACAUCAACGGCAUUGACCAAGGCGUCGCCACCACCCUCACCCCCUUGGUGGUCUACGGCGUGGUGGACCUCUACGGCAUGGCCGUGAAGGUCACCAUCGUGCACAAUCACAACCACAGCGACCGGCUUCGGCGCAACAACGCCAUCAUGAGGGCCCUCUCGCCGGACGUUGGGCGGAGGGCCAUCGACGCCGGGGGCAGCGAGCCGGAACCUGAACGCCUCCUCUUCCACCCAAACUGCGGUCAGAAAGCUGCCAUCAUCAACGAAGGACGGACGGCGCUGCGGCCUCACGCCACCGACGACUUCAACCACGGCGUGGUCCUCAGCAACCGCCCCCUGCGGAACGGCGAGGUCUUCCAGGUGCGGAUUGACAAGAUGGUGGACAAGUGGGCCGGCUCCAUCGAGAUUGGCGUCACCACCCACAACCCCACCUACCUGCAGCUGCCGUCCACGAUGACCAACCUGCGGUCAGGCACCUGGAUGAUGACGGGGAACGGUGUGAUGCACAAUGGUACAACUAUCCUGGACGAAUACGGCCACAACCUGGAUCGCUUGAAGGCAGGUGACACGGUGGGCGUCGUGCGGAAGGAGGACGGGACACUGCAUUUCUUCGUCAACGGGGUGGCCCAAGGCCCAGCCGCCUGGAACGUCCCGCCGAAUAUCUACGCCGUGGCCGAUCUCUACGGCCAAGCUGCCCAAGCCACGAUCGUGGACGACACAGAUCUCCUCCCUCUUCCCGACGAUCUCUCGGAGGGGAACAACCAGCUCUCCCCCAGCAGCCCCUCCUCCGUGGCUUCAGGGAGCGACCUGCGGUUCCAUCACCUCCACGGGAACAACGCCGUCAUCACCAACGGGGGGCGCACGGCCCUGCGCCAGAACUGCCGCAGUGAAUUCAACGACGCCAUUGUCAUCUCCAACCGGCCCCUCCGGGAUGGCGAACUGUUCGAAAUCGUUAUCCAGAAGAUGGUGGAUCGUUGGUCGGGCUCCAUUGAAGCAGGAGUCACCGCCAUCCGUCCGGAAGACCUGGAAUUUCCCAAUACAAUGACGGACAUUGACUACGAUACCUGGAUGCUCAGCGGCACCGCCAUUAUGCAGGACGGAAACACCCUGCGCAACAACUACGGCUGCGACUUGGACUCGCUGACCACGGGGUCGCGCAUUGGCAUGAUGCGGACGGUGAAGGGGGACCUGCAUUACUUCAUCAACAGCGUGGACCAGGGGGUGGCAUGCUCCGGACUGCCCCCAGGGAAGGAGGUCUACGCCGUGGUGGACCUCUACGGCCAGUGCGUCCAGGUGUCCAUCACCAGCUCCACGGGGCCCCUGGACAACAGCCUCUCCACCAGCAACAUCACAGAGAAAUCCUUCCCCAUCCACUCCCCAGUUCCCGGCGUGGCCCACCGUUUCCACAGCUCCUGCGGCAAAAACGUGGCCUUUCAGGAGGACGGGUGCCGAGCUGUGCGGGUGUCCAGUUUCUGCCACGGCAUCGUUUUCAGCAUGAAGGAACUGAAGACGGAUGAAAUCUUUGAGGUGAAGAUCGACAAGAUGGACGACAAGUGGUCCGGGUCGGUCCACGUGGGUUUGACCACACUGCUGCCCUCGGAUGCCUCCUGCAUGGCCACGGGGCUGCCCUCGUCUCUCCUGGAGCUGCGUUCCAAGGUGACCUGGCUAGUGACGGGCUCGGAGGUCCGACGCAACGGUAUCCUGCAGAAGCAGAAUUACGGCUGCUCUCUGGAGCGUCUGGGGGUGGGCAGCCGUGUGGGGGUGAAGCGUUGCACUGACGACACCAUGCACGUGCUGAUCGACGGGGAGGACAUGGGGGCGGCCGCCACUGGUGUCGCCAAGAACGUCUUCGUGGUGCUGGAUCUCUACGGCCGGGUCACGUCCGUCUCCAUCGUCAGCUCCACUAUGCUGGAAGAGGCCGAGGGCACCCACCCCCCCCCAGUCGCCUCGGAGCCCUACCGCGAAGAGGAGGAAGAACCCCCCCCGGGCGAGCGCGACCUGCCCUCCGCCACGGCCUCCAUGGAGUUCCUGGAGAACCACGGGAAGAACAUCCUCCUGUCCAACGGCAACCUGACGGCCACGCGGGUCUCCAGCUACAACCAGGGCAUCGUGGUGGUGGCCCAGCCUCUGCCCCCGCAGCAGCUCUUCCAGUUCCAGAUCGACUCGCUCAACCCCCAGUGGACUUCGUCCCUCUCGCUGGGGGUCAUCGGGAGUUCCCCAGAGCGGCUCAACUUUCCCGCCACGGCCUGCUGUCUGAAGCCCUCCACCUGGCUGCUGCAGCGCGACUCGGUCUUCCAGAACUCCCUCAAGAUCUGCGAGAACUACGGCCCCAACCUGGACACCUGCCCCGAGGGGACGGUGCUGGGGGUCUUGGUGGACACCAGCGGCUGCCUCCACCUGUACAUCAACGGGGUCGACCAGGGGGUGGCGGCCCAGGACAUCCCCAGCCCCUGUUACGUCCUGAUCGAUCUCUACGGCCAGUGCGAGCAGGUCACCAUCGUGACCAACGAGACGCUGGCAGUAGGAGCGGAGGGCAUGGACCCCCAAGGACAGGGGGACAUGGAGAAGGCCGACAUGGUGGAUGGCAUCAAGGAGAGUGUUUGCUGGAGCCCCCCCGUGGACAUGAACCCCACCAAGAUCUGCGAGUAUCACUCCCUCUGCGCCCGCUUCAAGGAUCUGCUACUCUUGCCAGAGGCCUACUUCGCCGAAGACCCCAAGCUGAGCCUUUGCUACUGCGAGUCGUGCCACAAGCUGCGAGGGGACGAGGCCUACUACAAGCGGGGGGAGCCCCCCCGGGACUACGCCUUGCCCUUCGGGUGGUGCCACUUCAGCCUCAGAAUAAACCCCCGCCUGGACGUGGCCAGCACUUCGAAGAAGUGGCACAUAGCCUACCAUGGGACGAGCAUCGGAGCCGUGCGCCGCAUGUUGGAUCAAGGGGAACUGGUGCCUGGGAUCACGUCCAUCUUGAGCUGCCGCCCGGUGAAGGCUGAUCCACAGGGAGGGGGCCCGGGCAGCGGCCCCAAUGGGGUCUACCUGGAGGCGGAGGAGAACAGCGUCCAGGGGCGCGAGGAAGCCCACCACGUCCUUCUCUCGCCCACCCUGCGCUACGCGGGACUGGAGCCUUUUGCCACCAAAGUGCAAUUCAAAGACCCCAAAUCUCACCGACAGCACUCGGCCCAGGUGGCGUUGCAGGUAUGCGUCCGUCCUGGCUCCUACAAGGUCUGCCCCCCGACCCAGGCCGCCCCCGAGCCCGUGGACCCCCGCUUCAGCAGUGCCGAGAUCGAGUGGGUCACCAAGGAGAAAGGUGCUACGGUUCUCUUCGGCCUGCUCAUCCGUGUGGAGUGAGACCACCAACCCUUCCCUCCGGCCGCCUUUGGCCCUCCGCGGUGUUGCCAACCCCCCCCUCACCACCACAACGGCACAGAACCGGCUGGAGACGGACGGCAAGAGGAGAAGGAACCGGGGGCGGGGGUGUGUG